AUGGCUAUUUCAAGUCAUGUUAGGUCUAUUAGUUUUCCUUCUCGAUCACAGCCAGAGUAUCUCAAAGUUGAGAUUGAGCUAAACAGGCUAAAAACAUGGGAAUCCUCAUCUAUUUCAUCAACAGCAACUCCUCUUAGUUUAAACACCAUUCAAGAAGGCAUUGUAGGGCUAGCAGAGUUGUAUAAUUGUGUUAAAGAUCUUCUCGAGUCCCCGACAACUCAACAAGCUCUCCUCAAACAUCAAACGGGAAGAUUAGUAGAAGAAGCUCUUGAGUCCUCUGUUGGAUUAAUAGACUCGUGUGGCACGACGAGGGAGUUAGUCUUGAUGAUGAAAGAACAAGUGCAAGAUCUUCAAUCAGCACUGAGGAGAAAAGUUGGAGACUCAAGCACACAAAAUUGCUUCGAUGCAUAUAUUAGUUUUAGAAAGAAAGUGAAGAAGGAUAUAGCCAAGAACCUCAAAACACUAAAACAAAUAGUAGAAAACAAGAUAGAAUCAUCUCCUCAAGUAGAUUCUGAUCAGUCUUUAUCUAAGCUAAGUGCAGUGUUAAGAGAAGUAUCUGCUUUGACCAUCUCAGUUCUAAGAUCCCAACUAUCUUUCUUGUCCGCGCCAGCUUCAAACGCGAAGAAAAACGGGUGGUCAUUGAUAUCAAAGAUGCUUGUCACAAAAUCAGCUGUCAAGGGAGAUGAAAACACAAUCAAUGAGGUGGAGUGUGUUGAUUUUUCUCUUUAUUCUAAAAUUCACAGCAAUGAUUUUAAAGUUGAUGUGCCAAUGAUCCAGAAAAAGUUGCAGAUAUUAAAUGCUGGUCUUCAGAGUCUAGAGGCUGGCAUAGAUAGGUUGUCAAGGUUAUUGAUCAGAAACAGGGUCUGCCUCCUUAACAUCCUUACUCCUUAG